AAGUCUGUUUUAUUUUUAUAAAGAAGAAAGCAGACAGUUGAAUAUUAUCAAAAAAGGUAAAAAUGAGUCGCCAAUUCUCUAAACCAAUUCGAACUUAUGAAAGGAAGAAACGUAAUGAUGUAGCAGUAGUAUUUCCUAAUUCACAUACUGAAUCUUACAAUAAGCUUGGUAAUAACAAACGUACUUCGCUAAGAAAAAGGUUAAAUGAAGCUGAGAAAGAAGAAGUAAACGAUAAUUCUUUGUAUUAUGAUCCUUUUGAUACAACAUUUGACAGACUUGCUAAAGCAGCAAGGAUACCACCACCAGUUGCUAAAGUUUCUAAUAAUGAAAGCUCAUACAAUAGCACAGAUAAUAGCUCUAGCUGGCAACUCAAUCAAUCUGGAAAUAAAUCUAUUAAGUUAGAUGAUAACAACAAAGAAUUAAUUUUAAUGCCAGAUGUAAUAUAUAAAAAACGAAAAAUGCAAGUUAUCAAGAAAACAAUCAAGAAAAACCCAUCACGGUCUCAAAAAAAUGUAAAAUUUAAGGUAAAAAAAGAUGAUGCUUGUAAAAGAUAUAUGUUACGCAAAAGAAAAAAGAAUAAUAAGUCAACAUCUAUAGUAUCAAAUACUGAUUCUCUAAAUUUACAUUCAGAAACUGGUUCAGAGAUUGAAAAUUAUAAUGGGAAACAUUCUUCACACAAAAAUAAGAAGAAUACUAGUAAAUUAAACAAACAGUCUACAAAAAAUGUGCAAAUAAAACCAUGUUCUGUAGUUCUACAUAAAUAUAGUAUAACAGAAAAUAAUAAUGAAAUAAAUUCGAUAGGAAGUACUUCAUCUGUAAAUAUAAAAAAUUUAGAAUGCAAUAAUGCAAAGCAUUGUUUUAGUAAGCAAUUAGAUAUAGAUUCAUUUGCAAAAUCAAUUAAUUUUGGGAAAAAAAAUGAGAAAAUAUUCAGUAGUACACCUUAUAGUAGAACAGUAAAAUCUGUUAAUUUAAUUCCUUUGUCACCAAUUCCUAUUGGAUGCUCUAAAAACUUAAAUCAUUCUAUGUCUUGUAGUGACAAUGUUUUAAGUACUGUAGACAAUAAAGAUUUAAUUCCUAAUAGAUCUAAUCAAGCAAAUACACUAGAUAAAAAAUCGAAUGUAUUAGGUAAAUUUAUAUCUGAAAGAGAAUCUGAUUUAUUUUCUACUGGUUUAACAAAUAUAUCUAAUUCUAACAAGUGCAAUAUAAAACCAUUAGAAAAUUCACUGACUAUGUUUAGUUAUACUGAUAACAAUAUUUGCAAUCAAGAAAAGUUUUCAAUAGAACAAAAUAUUUUUACAAAUGAAAUAGAGAAGAAUGAUAUGUCAAAUAAAUCAGUCCAAGAAUGUGUAAUUACAGAUACAAGAAAAACGAAAUGUCAAUUAAACUUUUCUGUUGAUGCAGAUAAAUCUCAUUCUUUAUUUGAUGAUACUAAUGAACACACUGAGAACCAAAUAUAUAGUGAUGUUAUUGUACAUGAUGUAAUAAAAGCAUCUCCCAAUAAUAUAAUGUUAAAUAAGACAAAUACACCAUUGCGUGAAAUUUGUUAUAAUUCUGUUCAGUUAUCUGAAAAACAGAUAAGUAUAACUAAUACUGAUAUGAAGGUAAUAUGUGAUGAAGUUAAAGAAAAAUCAUCUGAGUUAUUACAUUCUUCAAAAUCAGUGAUUUUAGAUGCUUCAUCCGAUAAUGUACAAUUUACAUCAAAGGCAGUUGAAACAGAUGAUAAUGAUGAUAAUAAGGAAAACAUAUUAGAACACGUUGAAAGUUUAGCUGAACCAAAUAUAAAUAAUUCUGUUGUAAAUAAUAAUAGUAUGCAUGAUUGUUAUGUAAUUUUGAAACGGUUACAAGAUCCUAUUAGAGUUUCAACAAGAAAAAAAUCUUAUAGACGGAAUAGUGGUUUAACUAGUAUUCUUGAAGAUUGUAGUAAUAGUACAGAACAGCUGAACUUGAGAAGAAAAAAUGAAUUAAAAAGGAAAGAAACAUUAGCGAGAAAAGAAUUGUUGCCAUUAGAAAAUAUAAUGGAAGAAUCAGUUAUUGAAAAAUCUGUCGAAAUAAUUAAACCUAUUUUCUUGAAGCCUGGUAAAUCUUGGGCAAGAUCUUUAUCAAUUUUGAACAAUAUCCAAAAUUUAUCUAAAUUGGACAAGUUAUCUAUUGGUAAGGGCAAAAAAUGGAGACAUAGUGUACAAGAUGUCUUAAAUAUGCAAAAACAAGGAAUUUUACAAAGUUGCAUAAAAGAAAAUAGUAGUGACAAAGACUUGCAAGUAUGCAAUGAAGAAAGUAAUGAAUCUGAAAGUAUAUUGGAUAAUAGCAAAAGUAGAACUUGUGAUUCUACUAAUUUUGGACAUCUUUCACGAAGAGUAUCGGUCCGUGUCGUUCCAAUACAUAAAACUGUUAAAUCCAUUAGUGAUGUUCCAUUUCUUGAAGUUUAUGGUAUUGUUCCUCUAAAAAAUCAGAGAUAUACCUUAAUAAGUACUUCUGAGAAAUCUUCCGUAUGCAGUAUUCAAAACGACGAUUUCAAUGAUCAAAUUAUUAAAGAGCAUGUUCCUUUAACAGCAAAAGAAGUUAUUUUACAGAGAUGUUCACAAGAAGAUUAUAUACCAUUUUCUUCAUAUUUUACUGAUUCAUACUUAGAAUAUUGUCGAAAGAUUGGAGAAGGUGUGUAUGGAGAAGUAUUUCUUUAUGAACACGGAGAUAAAAAGUCUGUCGUAAAAGUUAUUCCUAUAGAAGGAACUGAAUAUAUAAACGGUGAACCACAGAAAAAGUUUCAUGAAAUAUUGUCAGAAAUUGUAAUUGCAAUGGAAUUACAUAAUUUAAGAUUCAACAAAAUGUAUAAGACUGACGGAUUUGUUGAAGUGAAAAAUAUUAAAUGUAUCAAGGGAAAGUAUCCAGAAAAACUUGUAGCACUUUGGAAUAUGUAUGAUGAAGAAAAACAUUCAGAUAAUGAUUGCCCAUCAAUUUUUAAUGAUGAUCAACUGUAUAUUGUUCUGGAACUUGGACAUGGUGGUCAAGAUUUAGAAGCCUUUGUAUUUCCGACAGCAGAAGAAGCUUAUAUAUUAUUUAUACAGACCUCAUUAGCAUUAGCAGUCGCAGAGAAAGCUGUCGAAUUUGAGCACAGAGAUUUACAUUGGGGAAAUAUAUUAAUAUCUCCUACAAAUGAGUCUCAUGUAUAUUAUAAGCUUGGACGAAAGAAUAUUAAAUUAAUUAGUAAAGGUGUACAGGUGUCUAUUAUAGAUUUCACUCUUUCAAGAGUAACAUAUCAAGGAUGUAGUGUAUUUAAUGAUCUUGCAUUAGAUCCUACACUUUUUACGGCUCAAGGUGAAUACCAGUUUGAAAUAUAUCGCUUGAUGAGAGAUAAAAUUAUGAAUGAUUGGCAGAAAUUCGAACCAUACACAAAUGUUUUAUGGCUUCAUUACACUUUGGAUAAAAUGAUUACAGCAGUUAGAUAUAAAAAGAGGAACGUAAGAUCGCAUAAAAAUGGCAUAAAAAAACUCCAAGAACUAAAAAAUGAAAUUUUAAAAUAUAGCAGUGCCUUCGAUUUUGUAACAAAUUGUGAUCAAAUUGCUAAUUUAGUGUAUAAUGACUCGUAGACUGAGUCUGACAAGUACUAGUAGAAUUAUUAGUACUUCAUUUAUUUAUAAAAAUAAAUGAAUUAUUAGUACUGA